AUGAAGGUCUCAAUUCUAAUAUUCCUUUGUUUCCUUCCAUUCUCAUUUGGUAGCUUAAGCGUUGGUUUCUAUGCCUCUACCUGUCCUUUGGCUGAGAACGUUGUAGGCGACGUCGUUCAAGCACGAUUCAUCGAGGACUCAUCCAUCACCGCAGGCUUGCUUCGGAUGCAUUUUCAUGAUUGCUUUGUCCAAGGUUGUGACGCGUCUAUACUAAUAGAUCCAGUUCCAGCGAAGAACAGAACAUCUGAGAAAAUGGCAAACCCAAACCUAACAAUUCGUGGAUUUGAUAUCAUUGAUGAUGCGAAGAACAUCUUAGAGACAGUUUGCCCUUCAACAGUUUCAUGUGCAGACAUCAUAGCACUUGCUACAAGAGAUGCAGUGGCUCUAUCAGGUGGACCCACAUACCUCGUCCCUACUGGAAGAAGAGACGGUUUACUCUCCGAUCCGUCGCAAGUGAACCUUCCAGGGCCAAAUCACAACGUGUCUGAAGCUCUUUCAUUCUUCACCGCAGUCGGGUUGACGCUGGAUGACAUGGUGACCCUUUUGGGUGCCCACACUGUUGGUUUUGCUCACUGUAAUUUCUUUCAGCGGAGGUUAGCGAACCCUGAUCCCACACUAGAUCCUACUUUUCGCACUUCGUUGGCGCAGCAAUGUGGGGCAUUAUCUAUCAACAAAAACCCCACUGUGUUUUUGGAGCCAAACACACCUGAUUUAUUUGACAACCAGUAUUACAGGCAAAUACUUAAAAGCAAGGGAGUGCUUAACAUCGAUCAACAGUUAGCACUUGAUCCAUCCUCCAAAGGAUUAGUCUCGAAUUACUCGGUUGAUACUAAGGGUUUUCGGGAGAAAUUUGCUGAUGCUAUGAUCAAGAUGGGAAACAUUGGGGUCUUGGUUGGAAAUGAUGGGGAGAUCAGGAAGAAUUGUAGGGCAUUUAAUAUUCCCAUAUAGUGCUAUUAAAGCCAUUGUAGAAGAUUUUAAUUAUUUUUAUUAAUAU